AUGAGCUUUACUUCAGGAGCCGAAACUGAGGCGGAUAUCGUACAGAUGCUCAAACCUAAUGUACUAAGACCCUGUGUGAAUCGUCCACCUAAGGGCUACAAUAAUAUUCGUCCACAUGCAUUGAUAAAUUUAAACGAUUUGAAGAUCCAACAAGGACUUAUAAUCAAGGAUUUGCUCUUUGUAUUCCUUGGGUUUGAAGGAUUUUACGUCAGGUACAGCGAAAAGUUCGACCCCAAUUCCAUCGAUGCUAAGAUUAGAGGACCGGACUUCAAGACUGCCAAGCACCUUGAUAUCAGCUUGAAAAGUAUUACAAAAAGAUUGGUCAGUUUCGGGAAAUUCUACUCAGGCUUGAAGGCCUUUAAUGAGUAUUACAACUCGCAACUAUCUGGGAAGGUUUUGCAGAAAUUCUGCUUUGAGAUCAACAGGUUCUUGCAAGAGUAUGAACAGUUGGUUCUAACAAUUGAACAAGAAUUCCAGUUGAACCCCAACUUCAAUCUAAACUAUUUGGAGAAUAACAUACUAAGGAAUAGCAAUAUUUCAAUACAAAUUGAUUUACUUUACGAAAUAGCGUUAAUGAUCCACGAUGAAAGUGUUCUGAGGCACUUCCAGGCGGUCAGCAACAGCAGUGCAGGUGAAGAAGUCCUAGAAGAGGCGGGGACCAUCGGGAGAAAAGAUGAGACCUACUUCCAAAACUUCAUAAAGACCAUUCAAAAUGACUUGCGACAAACAGGCUCAAUUGAUUUGGCAACAGAUCAGUCCAACUUUGAGCUUUGCAAGGGAGGACUCGUGCUUCAAAUUAUACAGAAAUUGAAUAGCGAGAAAUACUUGGGGGAUGCAGUGAAAAAUAGGCUAUUGAAUGAGUUAUUUGAUUCCAUAAGUACUGACUAUGUCGAAAUGCUCAAUGGGUGGUUGAGCAAUGGAGAAAUCGAUGACCCCUUUGAUGAAUUCUUGAUUAAAGAGAACAAAAUUAAGGAAUCUUCCUUGAUGAAUAAAUUUACUGAAAAAUAUUGGGAAGAGGUUUACGUAACUAGGACAGAUGGAGUGAUUGACCAAUUCCAAAGUAGAGAGCUUCAAUUGAAAAUUUUGGCCACAGGAAGAUACCUAAACAUCUUCAAAAUGUGUACUGGAAUUAACGAUACCAAUGCGAUGGAUAACGACAAGAGACACAUUGAAAUCACUUCAUUAUCAUCUAGGGAUCUUGAAUUAAAGAUUUUGGAAUUUUAUUCAAGAGCAAAUAGGCUCUUGAUGAAGCUCUUCUUUGAAGGGUAUCAAUUUCCCACCCUAAUGGAUAAGCUUCAAAGGACAUUCAUGUUGAAUGAUUCCUUUAACAUUGAUAACUUUAUAAGCUCAUCAUUCAACGACUUGAAAAGGAGUAAAUAUGCUAUAUCUGAAUCUAAGUUGCAGAACAGAUUUUCAGAAAUAGAAAGGAAAUCUGGACAGGAUGACGAAAGAGAGGUAGAUGAAACUAACGAUGAAGACAAUAAUGAUGAAGUACACCUCGAAUCCACAUUGACGAUAGAUUAUACGAAUUUUUACGAUCUUGCAAAAGAAAUAUUGGAUGUUCAAUCCUUCGAUGCAUUAAAAGCAAUGGCAUCAUCUUCGUCACAAUUUAAGACUUUAUUGAACAAGUCACUAGAGAAAAAUAUUCCUCCCUCGUCUGCAAAUGCUGGUGGUGCUGGUGCCACUAGCGGUGCAUAUGACCCAGAUCAUUCUGAUGAGUACUCAAUAUCUGGCUUAAAUUUGCUCGUAUCCAUCCAAUUCCCGCUUAACAUUUUAAUAGGACAAAACUUCAUUUUCCAGUACCAAUUAAUCUUUAAAUUGUUGGUGUUGACAAAAUUCAUAAGUAAACUUUCAGAUAACACAUGGAAGGAAAUUAAUUACUCUACUGUUUGGAAAUAUAGACACUAUGAUCCAAGGAUCAAAAAAUGGAUACUAAGAAGUCGAAUUUUACUUAAUAGAAUGGGAGAUUUCAUGAGGGAGAUGCAGUUUUAUUUCAACUUGGAUAUUAUUGAAAGUAAUUAUAAAGAGAUAACAGGGACAAUGAGUGAAAUUGAGCAAGAAUUGAAGGUAUCUCAAAAAACCUCCUCCACUUCAACGAAAAGAAACCAUAGUGCAAGAGAUAGCAACGUAUACUCCGAUAGAUUCAACACUUUCAACAACAAUAGCAUUUUUGACAGGAAUAUAAUCCAGCAUCAACAAAUUCAAAGGAAUGUAUCAUCCGCCUCUAACAGUGGAGCUACGUCGACUUCUGGUGCCAUGAUUGACGUUAACAUAUUGCGUACGAAGUUCAGUUCCUUCUUAAAUAAUAUCUUGAGACAUUCGCUUUUGACAAACAAAGACUUGAUAGACUCAUUAAAAAGAGUAUACGAUCUCAUUAUACUGUAUAGUCACUAUUUAUCGAGAUUGAAAAAGUCGUUGGUUCUUCUAAAUGCUGAAUUGUAUAACACUUUCAGGCAGGAUUACCCUGAUAAAUUUGAAGGGAAAUCGGUAGACGCAGACCUGAUCUAUGACCGGUAUGUUAAGCUCAAUGACAGGUUAAUUUGGUACUAUGAGGUAUUCGGUGACACCUUGACAGAUUUUAUGAGUAUCUUGAGAAAGUUCGGAGAGACGGAAGAUCAGUCGUUACUCAUAUUGAUUCAGAGAUUAGAAAACUGUUAUCCAGAGUAG